AUGGAUUCCCCAAUCGUGGCCCAACUUUUUCGACAGCUCUUCCACCAUCGUCCUCCGGGCUGCAAGGGCAUCAGGAACCUCCCCCGCCUUCGCAAUGGCCUCCGAACUACUGCUAUCGUCGGCCAUGGCCAGAGCCGCUUCUACGUUGCGGGACGGCCCUCUAGUGAUCGUGGAAUGAAGAAGAACGAGAGUCGAUGGCAGCAACGGACGAAUAUCUUGCCCCAGGAUCGAUCUGCAGAGUUCGCAGAGUACCCUUAUAUAUCUGCGGCGGAGCUCAAAGAACGAACAGAACGGCCACGCAAGGCCGUCAUUUUCAGUCCUGGCGAGCCCUUUGACUUCAACUCGAUGCACGACGAGAUCGAGUUCCAAUCCGAGCUAGGCCGCCGAUAUACCGAAUUCGAGGACAUACUCGACGACCGCGAGGGCGAGAAUCCAACACGCCAGCUGUGGCACACACCCACCGAGCUCUUCCGUCCUUACUACGGCGAAGCCAUCGCCCGCUACCUUGUCGCCAACUACCGCCUUGGCACAUACCCUUACGAUGAUCUUCUUAUCUAUGAGAUGGGUGCCGGUCGCGGAACCCUCAUGCUCAACAUCCUCGACUACAUCCGCGAAGUCGACCCCCAGGUGUAUGCUCGUACUAAGUUCAACAUCAUCGAGAUUUCAUCUACCCUCGCCGCUCUCCAGAACAGACAUCUUUUGUCGACGGCUGCGUCCCGGGGCCACGCAGACAAGGUCGAGAUCAUCAAUCGCUCUAUUUUCGACUGGGAUCAUUACGUCCCUUCGCCAUGCUUCUUUCUCGCCAUGGAAGUCUUCGAUAACUUUUCUCACGACGGUAUUCGCUACGACAUCACCACCGAGCAACCCCUGCAGGGCCACGUGCUGAUCGACAGCGAUGGUGACUUUUAUGAGUUCUACUCGAGAGAACUGGAUCCUCUUGUAGCACGAUACUUCCGAGUUCGUCACGCUGCAACGGCAGGAAACUAUCCCAAGCCGUACCCCAGCAAUGCGGUUCUGCGCUACAUCUCCAGCAAGAUGCCCUUCGCUGCCAAUCUUUCCGAUCCCGAGUUCAUCCCCACUCGGCUCAUGCAGUUCUUCGACGUUCUCGAAAAGUACUUCCCACGCCACCGUCUUGUGACGUCUGACUUUGACUGGCUACCUCAAGCUGUCAAGGGAAUGAAUGCGCCUGUUGUUCAGACAAGGUACCACAGAAGGAUGGUGCCCGUCACGACACCUUUAGUUCACCAAGGCUAUUUUGACAUUCUGUUCCCUACAGACUUCCAAACCACGGAAGCCAUCUACCGUGCCAUCACGGGUAAGCUUUCCCGUGUUACGUCGCAUGGCGAUUUCAUGCGCAAGUGGGCGUAUGUUGAGGACACAGAGACUCGAAGCGGAGAGAACCCCUUGAUAUCCAACUACCGCAAUGCCAGUGUUCUUGUAACCGUGUAG